GGCCCCUUCGCCCCGAGCGCGGGCGGCGGGCCUGGGAACCGAGAAGGCAGACUCGGAACGCCGGCGGCGGGCGCGAAAUUAGGGCGGCGGGCGCGGGACCCGAGCGGCGCGCUCCGGAGGCAGGAUGUGUGACCGGAACGGCGGGCGGCGGCUGCGGCAGUGGCUCAUCGAACAAAUCGACAGCAACAUGUAUCCAGGGCUGAUUUGGGAAAAUGAUGAGAAGAGUAUGUUCCGGAUCCCUUGGAAGCAUGCAGGCAAACAAGAUUACAAUCAGGAAGUUGAUGCCUCCAUUUUCAAGGCCUGGGCAGUUUUUAAAGGGAAGUUUAAGGAAGGGGACAAAGCUGAACCAGCUACUUGGAAGACGAGGUUACGCUGCGCAUUGAACAAGAGCCCAGAUUUUGAGGAAGUAACAGAGCGGUCCCAGCUGGACAUUUCUGAGCCAUACAAAGUUUACCGGAUCGUCCCUGAGGAGGAGCAGAAAUGCAAAUUAGGCAUGGCGGCCCCUGGCUGCAUAAAUGAAGUCACUGAGAUGGAAUGUGGGCGCUCAGAAAUCGACGACCUGAUUAAGGAGCCUUCUGUGGACGAUUACAUGGGCAUGAUCAAAAGGAGCCCCUCCCCGCCAGAGGCCUGCAGGAGCCAGCUCCUCCCAGACUGGUGGACGCAGCAAGCCGGCCCAGCAGCCUUGCCACUGGUGACAGGGUAUGCUGCCUAUGAUGCCCACCACUCAGCCUUUGCCCAGAUGGUGAUCAGCUUCUACUACGGCGGCAAGCUGGUGGGCCAGACCACGACCAGUAGCCCUGAGGGCUGCCGCCUCUCCCUGGGCCAGCCAGGUUUGCCCAGUGCCAAGCCGUAUGGGCACGAGAGCCUGGAGAUUGUCCGCUUCCCACCUGCCGACGCCAUCCCCAGUGAGCGGCAGCGGCAGGUGACACGGAAGCUGUUUGGGCACCUGGAGCGGGGAGUCCUGCUGCACAGCAGCCGGCAGGGUGUGCUGGUCAGGCGCCUGUGCCAGGGCCGCGUGUUCUACAGCGGCAACUCCGUGGCCUGCAAGGACAGGCCCAACAAGCUGGAGCGCGACGAAGUGGUCAAGGUCUUCGACACCAGUCAAUUCUUCCGAGAGCUGCAGCAGUUCUAUAACAACCAGAGCCGGCUCCCCGACAGCAGGGUGGUGCUGUGCUUUGGAGAGGAGUUUCCAGAUAUGGCCCCUUUGCGCUCCAAACUCAUUCUCGUGCAGAUCGAGCAGCUCUACAUCCGGCAGCUGGUGGAAGAAGCUGGGAAAAGCUGUGGUACUGGCUCCGCAAUGCAGGUUCCCGAGGAGCCGCAGCCGGACCAGGUCUUCCGGAUGUUUCCAGAUAUUUGUGCCUCGCACCAGAGACCCUUUUUCAGAGAAAACCAACAGAUCACCGUCUAAGUCUCUCUCUUUGGCAUCCCACCCCUCCUGUGUCUCACGUUUCAUUAUUACAAUUACUGUUGUAAUUAUUAAAGAUGCGGAUGCCUCUUUGACCUGGGGUGGGGCACCUUCCUUUGCUCUUAAUUUAGUAAGGGCAUUCUUUGAGGAGUUAAGGUUUAAAGCGAAGGUGUAUCACAGCUCUGCUGUUCAGAUAAAAACAUUGGAAACUCACACCAAAUGGUCUGUGAUUAAACUUUUUUCUGCAUUUUUUCCCAAUUUUAUUAGUUACUAUGAUUCCUUGUACAUUUUGGAAUAAAUGACAUUUCCAAAGACUUGACAUUCACUAUUACUAGCAAAUAGCUGCUUCAAGUAGAAAUUUGGAGUAUAAGAUCAACUUGUGAGAUACAAGGCUAUUUUUUGUCUUUAUCUUUAGUUAAAGCUGUAGAUUUAUGAUUUCAUGUGCCUGAUUCUAUGUGAAGUUCUUUUGUUUGUUUUUUACUUAUAAACAUUUUAAUAAGAUUUUAAAAUAUUUAGAUACCAGUCUCUGCGUAACAAGUGAAAGUAAAACUCUUGGCUUGUUGGAAGAACGCAUAUUCUUCCUAGAAUUUGGUGCCAAGAAAACUUUUCCAUCUCCAGCUGACCUGGUGUGUUUUUACCUUCAGAUAAUGAAAACUUCUUUGUGACUUUGCUGCCAGGAAGCUUGGAGCUGUAUUUUUUCGUUUCUGUGAUUAAAUCACCCCAGAUACCUCUCUCUUACCUACUUUCUAAAUGAUUUUGAUCUGUUUUAAAGAUAUUUUAACUUUUAAUUGUCCUAUUGUAAACUGCUUUGAAUCUUUUAGUGGGCAGGAUAUAAACCCCAAAUUUAAAAACUCAUUGUAGAUGUCACGAGCAGUUGAUUGUGCCUUCAAUUCAGUCAACCCAUUCAUUGGCUGAUGGUGUUUUAGUAUGUGGGCACGGCUAGUGUGGAUUGGGAAAUGUGGACAAGAUGUGUUAGCUUCUCACCAUUGAAUUGUCCCUGAGGAUCCUGAGUGAAUAUGGCAGGAAGAAUGCCUUCCAGUAAAGACAUUUUAUUUCCCCAAUCCCCAGUAGUCCUUGAGGUUCAUGGUGGCCCGAUUCUAUAUGAAAUUCCACACUUCAACAAAGACUGAUAUAGUGGAAUUCAAGUGGAGAAGUCCCAGUUUCAGCCCUGGAAGAACUUGACCUGUUUAUUAGCAAAUAGAAUGCAUUUCUCACCCAAAAACGUGUCAGAUUUUUACACAGAUUCAGGAUACUAACAGCCAGGUGCAGAAGACUUAAAACAGUGGCUUGGCUUAAUGGCCCAGGGCAGUUCACAUCAUCUCACUGACGUUCAGUAUGUGGGCUAAUGUAGUUCACGUACCACAUCAGAUUUUCCACUCCAAAACCACUUUAGAAUAACUUUCAAUAUAUACAUGAUUAAAAAGUACUUGACAUUGUUUUCUAAAAAAGUGUUGUACUUUGUUAGCUCGUGGUGCCUCUUAUAUGUGUAUAUGUCCCGUGUAAUACUCCUGACGAGCAGAGAUUUGGCACCCACAGUGUGUGUUGAGUGCAUCCAGGAGCACCAGUUCUUGACAGUGCAGUUUGUUGACUUUGCUGGGUCAGUUCCACAGGUUUGAGGGGGAUGAACUUGGGGUAGGAGGAGGGUAUUUGCUUCCCUUCCACUCUCACCUGGGUGGAGAGAAGAAGAGUAUUUUCUUAAUUCUUUCUCCUUUAUAACCCAGCCUGGGUCACCACCAUCCCUUACUCAGAAUCUCACAACAAAAGAAAAGGAAGGGGCCUUACCAGUCAACCCUUAUUUUGAGAAGUGGGAGACUGUGUUGUAGUUUGGGGACAAGACUACCCCAGAUCAGCCAACCUGGUGGCCAUGUAACCAUAAAUGGAGUCUGUGAUUCAAAACCUGAAAAUCCAAAGAAUUUCCACUUACUUUUCUGUUUCUUUUAUGAAGGUGAUAUAGGGGUGGCAUGUAGUAAGAAGCAAAAAUUAUAGGUUCUUUAGAUGUGUAUGAGUUCAUUUUUGAAUGUAGUAAAAUACCAGUAAAAAUGGCUUUUCACCAUUGGCCAACAAAGCAAGCAUUACCUUCUUAAGGAUGACAGGUUUCUUUUUUGAAGUGUUUGUAAGAUAACAGUAGGAUUUAGUCUCCAGCUCACAUGAAUAUUAAAACAUACGUCUUUAAUAUGCUGAAUGAAUAUUUAUUUUUGUAUCCAUUUAAAAAGUAUAUUGAUCUCUUUUAUUCUUUAUUAAAAUAAAAUGCUGUUUUUAAAAGUU